AUGUCAGUCAAUGGACAGCACCACCCCAUUGUACGAUUAACGCUAGGACUGCUAUUCUCCUCGCAGUUACCAAAGAUGAGUUUUUCAGCCAAGGAGGAGGCUGCUAUGCCGUCGCUGGAGGAGGUAGUGGCUUUCAUUGACUCGUGGGAUUCGGGGAACACCAGUCCGGGCGACGUCACAACCAGCGAGAGUGAGACCGACCGCUCUCCAUUCAGUAAAGAAGACGUCGAUUCUGUGCUGCUAGACUCGCAGGAUGGUGUACUACAAGAUGCAAGUUUUCUACCAAAGGAGACACUAGAACGCAACAGCAAGAAACCCAUGAAGAAGAAGCGAAAGAAGACUCCAGGGGCGUCCACGCGACUGCAGCGGCGUAAAAGGGCAGAGAUCUUGGCCUUGAGCGCUCUGAGCGAGCAACUGGAAGGGCGAUUGGAGCAACUCAGACGCGAUCAGGACGAAUUUGACCCUUCAAGUAUGUUAUUGACUCAAGGUGGGUCUUCCUGGUCUGCGAUAGCUGCAAUUCAGUUCCAAGAACGACUCCAGUCCGAAGUGAUUAACCAAAGACUGCGCGCUGUCCUCACGGAGCAAAUGAAGAUCAACAAGGCGCUAUGUGACGUCUUCCGGGCGCAAACUUCUUUGGGCAACUUGAAUGUAUUUUUCGGGGAACCAGGACCCCCGGUACAAUAUCCGGUAGCAGACAACUCUUGUGCUAUGAUCGGUGAGCUUGAAAAGAAGGUGGAAGGCUUGUAUCUCGACUCGGCAGCGGUAUUUCAGCCCCGUGGAGUCCCUUGCAUCAAUACUACUUUGCACGUUAAGCAAGAACAAGAUCGCGGCAACGUUUUCGAGAUCACUAGUACAACUUGCCUGCCGUGUUCAGUACAGGAAACAAGCGCAAUGUUCUGGAGAGAUUUCCUGACAAUUCAUCAGACCAACGACAAAUCCUAUCACUUCGUACGUAGUAGUUGCAGGGCUGCAUCGUUAGUAAUUUUUGUAUUUAACUUUAUUUUUUUUGUACAGCUUCGGCAGCGCAAACCGGCUUCUGUUGAGAAGAGUUUCAAGUGGGUACUUCGCAGUGAGGCGACAGUGAGGGAGAUCAACGGGUUUGCGUUCGUGCGAAAGAUUGAAGAGCCCAACCGUGUUGUUCUCGUCGAGGCAGAUCGCUUUGUACUGCCGACGGAAGGUCUUCACUUUCGGAUUCAACGCUGGACCAUCAUUACACGUUCCGAGGACGGAUCAAGGCCCGGGUCAAUUGUUCGUACGCUGAUCCAGCUCCGCGCCGAGUACACUGAAGAGUUCGCACCCACGAAAAAUGACCUUCAACAAGUGAAAGAUUUAGUGCUAGGAACUCUGAGUUCGAGGUUGCGAGGAUAUCUCCAACAGCAACAAGGGAAAUUUGAGAGGGAAGCUGAGCAGCUCCGCAUGACCACAACUGCAAAUUGAAAACUCAUUAGUAAAAUUGGAGAUAUAAGGUUAAUUGCAAGUUAUUGUCUUCUUAUGCUU